AAGAGGAAGAAGAAGAGGAAGAAGAAGAGGACGGCAGUAACGGUCUGACGCAGUUAGUAUGAGCGCGUUACACGCGGCGGAGUAACGGUUAACAGCGCACUUUGGCCGCCGUGACGAGUCCCUGUCGGCGGUAGCGCCGCAGCUGAACCGGUCCCUGCGCUCUUCCCGGGGCAUGAGCCGUGCCGCCGAGCCGCACUUCUGCUCCGCUUCCUCGUGAUGAACAAGUGCCGCCGCCUAUAAUAAUAGAUCCAAAAACUCUUUAUUUUUUAACAAAAAAAAAAAAGAAAUUAAUAAAAAAAUGGUGGGUGUUGUGAAGCAGUUCGUGCAGAUGUGUAAUUAUCUCCAGGACCCCUGCCAUGUGGCGAGGUUUCAGAACCUGUGCGGGGUUAAAGGGACGUUUCCGGAGAAGCGGAGCCGGCUCCAGCAGCAGCGGGGCGGCGGGGCUGAGCAGGCCGGCCUGAGGGAGCGCAGCCCCGGCCUGGGGAACGGGGACGCCCCGGCCCCGCAGCUGAACGGCGGUGCCGGUCCCGGGGCCGGGGAGCCGGAGACCGCCCGAGCCAAGCCCCUCCGGAGGAACUCCCUGACCGGGGACGUGGGCCAGGAGUUCCUGAUCCACAACCGGCUGCUCUUCUCGCUCUUCACCUUCGGCACCGAGCUGGGCAACGAGAUGUUCUUCAUCGCCUUCUUCCCCUUCGUGUGCUGGAACAUGGACGCGCUGGUGAGCCGCCGGCUGAUCGUGGUGUGGGCCUGGAACCUGUUCGUGGGCCAGUCCACCAAGGACAUGGUGCGCUGGUCCCGGCCCGCCUCCCCCCCCGUGGUCAAGGUGGAGGUCUUCUACAACUCCGAGUACAGCAUGCCGUCCACGCACGCCAUGACCGGCACCGCCAUCCCCUUCUGCCUGUUCAUGCUCACCUACGGACGCUGGCAGUACACUUUCCUCUUUGGCUUUUGCGUGGCUCUCAGCUGGAGCGUCCUGGUCUGCGUAAGCCGAGUCUACAUGGGCAUGCAUUCUAUUCUGGAGGUGAUCACUGGCUUCCUGUACAGCCUUUUAGUUCUCGCCUUCUUCUAUCCAGUACUGGACAAGAUUGACAAUUACUACAUGAUGGACGCCUAUUCGCCACUUAUGAUUAUCGUGUCGCAUGUCAGCCUGGGACUCGCAGCUUUCUCUCUGGAUUCAUGGAGCACCUCUCGGGGCGAUACAGCUCAGGCUCUGGGCACCGGGGCCGGUGCCGCGUUGGCCAGCCACGCAAACUAUCAGCUGGGCCUGCUGCUGGACCCGCCACUGUCCUCACUUCCUCUAACUUUCCCAACAAUCAGCGCGGGCCUCAUUUUACGCUCCCUGCUGCGCUUCUUCAUCGGCGUCGCUGUCCUCCUCAUCACCAGAAUGGUUAUGAAAGCAGUGACUAUACCGUUCCUGUGUCGACUAUUUGGGUUGCCCUCGGAUGACGUGAGACGGGCCAGGCAGCAAAUGAGAGUAGAGCUGCCAUAUCGUUACAUUGUCUACAGUGUUGUAGGUUUUAGUUGUGUCUGCUUUGUGCCUAUCCUCUUCAGGAUUUUAAACCUUGCCUAAGUAUUGUGUGCAGUGUGUCAUUUUACUGACAUUGUGAAGGCCAACAUGCUGCUUGUUUUAACACAAGAUAAAAGCUCUCUCUCUCUCUCUCGGCAUGAUAAAAACCAAGUUAAAGGGUAAAUCUGAUGACACUUUACAUUACCACUGUCAAUAAAUCCCAAGAAAAGACCAAAGCCAAAAAUAAAUUGAUCCUACCAGGUAUUAUCCCUGCCAUACAGUAGCUUAUGCAGAAGCUGUUAAAAACAAUAC